CUGAUUGCUAUCCUUCGCUUAGCAUAGUUGGAUACUCUUAUCCAAUUAUUCCGACAGGCCCAGGGGGGAUGCUGAGGUUAUGACUUGCACGGGCCCUGGUUUGCGGUUGCGCUCGAGGCUCAUUGCGCACGCCGGUCGUUGAAGCAGAAGCAGCAACGCGGUUUUCUAUUCCUCCUUCUGACUUUAAUACUGCGAUCCAGUGAAGAAUAUUUCUGCAGGGUUUGUUUUGUUCCUGGUAUCAUUUUUAUUCCUCUUCCGCCACGUCGACAUUCAGGUGCUGUUCCGGAGUUAUCGCCGUCUCCUUUUUCUCCACGAUCUCGAAACGACUGCCCAUCGACGCCCUGCACGCUCCUUAACGACAACCACAAUACCUUUGUAGCAUCAGAGCAUAAUACUCAUUUCUGAUCUCGGUUUACAGCACUCUUUCAACCACUUGUCCCACAUUUCACCGAUAAAGCAUGGCAGAUUUGGGGGGCCACCAUGGCCGCAACUAUCGGCCAAGUCCAUACGGACAUGCGUCCUCGUUUCAACGAGAUGCCGCCUUCUCAGCCAUCUUCGAUGAAUCACCACCCCCAGGACGUUCUCAGACUAUGACCUCUCAAACUCCUCCAUUCUCGUACGACAGGGCUCAUACGAUGUCGAAUGUGCCGUUUCCCCAAAUGCAAAGGGGCCCGCCCCCUCCACGUCCGAUGCAGAAUGGAUAUGCUACGGGACCGCCUAAUGGACAAUAUCAGCCAUAUCCAGGAUCUGCGACCAUGUCUUCCCAACACCCUCAGCAGGUUCCAUUGAGGCCGUACCAACGCUCCGUAUAUCCCCAACCCCAGCGAUUAGAUUCUAGGCCAACCCCGACACCCCAUUAUCCGGAUCCGAACGGCUACAUGCGGCCAGCCGCCCCUGCCUUGAAUUCAGACGCAUCCAGGUCAAGGUCCAUGGCAAGAAUGGGUGCACCACCACCAUUUCAACCUCCGCCAAGUGCCUACAAUCAUACAUCUGCGACUGCUUUCCGUCACCAGCAAUACGGUUCUGGGGCUCCAAGGACGAUGCUAGGGCGAGUGGUGCCAGAAAAGCAUGGAAAUGAGCGGUCCAUGUCCAUGACUGCGUACUCUGGGCAUCGAGACUAUUCUCACACUACGAGCAGGGGAAGAGUCAUUCCAAGCAGAAAACCACCGUCAGGUUCCGAACAUCCCAUUUCGGAGAAGCAGGACAUCGACCAAGCCUACAUGCCCAACGGAAUAGCAAGACCACGACCACCAAGUGACGGUUCAACGAAUUCUCGGACAAUGUCCAUGGCGUCAACGAUAGUGCCCGAUUCUUCUAUGAGCAUGCAAAGCCACUCAACUGUCACAUCAAGCGGCCACAAAUCAGUCGCCGGUCACAGCUCACGCCGCAGCAGGGGUCCGAUAGUGUACCCUGCUUUGCUUUCACGCGUUGCGGAUGUUUUCCGGGAACGGAUACAAGUUGGAGAGCGACAGAAAAACGGGCUAUCAUACCAGAAUGCAUUUACCGGCGCUGAGGCUGUUGACCUGAUUACUCUUAUCAUCAAGACGACUGAUCGCAAUCUUGCUCUUUUGUUAGGUCGUGCACUGGAUGCCCAGAAGUUUUUCCAUGAUGUCACCUAUGAUCAUCGCUUGCGAGACGCUCCAGGGGAGAUUUAUCAAUUUAAAGAGACCAUGGGAGAAGAAGGGCCGAGCUCUGAAGUUAACGGGGUAUUCACUCUUCUAACUGAAUGCUAUUCGCCAACUUGCACACGUGAUAAUCUGUGUUAUUCGAUUGCUUGCCCUAGGAGACUUGAACAGCAGGCGAGGCUGAAUCUCAAACCUCAGCCAGGGUUACGUUCUUCUGCCUCGAAAGGCAGUCUACACGCAGAUGAUGACGAUGACAACCAAAAGUUAUGGAUUAACAUGGUCCCGAAGGAGAUUUCCGAUGGUGUUGACGAUCGAGAAAAAAAACGCCAGGAAAUUAUAUUCGAGAUUAUGUACACCGAGCGCGAUUUUGUGAAGGAUUUGGAAUAUUUGCGCGACUUCUGGAUGAGGCCCUUACGAUCUGCUGGAAAUACGACCGGAUCGCCAAUUCCGGAACACCGGCGAGAGAAAUUUAUCCGAACAGUGUUUGGUAACUGCCUGGAGGUCUUGAAAGUUAAUAGUGGUUUGUGUGAGGCCCUGAAUUCAAGGCAGAAGGAGAGCCACGUUGUAGUAAGAAUUGGCGAUAUUUUCUUGCAACAUGCACCACGCUUUGAUCCGUUUAUUAAAUACGGUGCCAACCAGCUUUAUGGGAGAUAUGAGUUUGAAAAAGAGAAGGCGUCGAACCCAGCCUUUGCAAGAUUUGUGGAAGAAACAGAGCGUCUGAAGGAAUCGCGAAAGCUGGAGCUGAAUGGAUACCUGACUAAACCCACUACUCGUCUGGCGAGAUAUCCGCUUCUACUCGGUCAAGUCUUGAAAUAUACAAAGGACGACAACCCGGAUAAGGAAGAUAUCCCCAAAGCUAUUGCGCUGAUCAAGGAUUUCUUAUCACGAGUGAAUGCUGAGAGUGGAAAGGCUGAGAAUCAUUUUAACCUCGUUCAGCUGAAUGGCGCUCUGAAAUUCGCCCCCGGAGACUAUGUCGACCUUAAACUGACGGAGGAGAACCGACAGAUGCUCACAAAGAUGGCCUUUAAGAAAACCCCAACCGAUAGCUCCGAGGUUGCUGCCUAUCUCUUUGAUCACGCUGUGCUUCUCGUCAGAAUCAAAGUGGUUAAUAAACGAGAGGAGUACCGGGUGUACAAGAAACCUAUUCCUCUAGAACUACUCGUUAUAACGCAGAUGGACGAGGUGAUUGGUAGGCUUGGGCUUCCUAAGAGACCUUCAACGAGCCUUCUUCCUGGGAACAACCCUAAUACGAAAGAGACGCCAAUUACAUUUAAACAUCUUGGUAAGGGCGGUUAUGAACAGACUCUUUAUGCCACGUCAUCCACGCAGAGGAAGAAGUUCAUCGAACUAGUGGAGGAACAACAGAGUAAACUGAGAGAGCGGAAUAGCAAUUUCUACAACAAGACACUUCUCUGCCAGAACUUCUUCACGGCAGUCAAUCGGGUCAACUGCCUUGUUCCGAUCGACGGCGGCAGAAAGUUAGUGUACGGCACGGAUAGCGGCAUUUACGUCUCAGAUAGGUGGCCCAAGGAUAAGUCCGCAAAGCCAAGGAGGGUUCUCGAUGUUAGCCAAGUUACUCAGAUAGACACGCUAGAGGAGUACCAAUUACUCCUGGUCCUAUCGAACAAGACACUCUCUUCUUAUCCAAUGGAGGCCCUGGAACUGUCAGAGGGACAGACCUCGCAAGCAAAGAAACCCAAGAAAAUUCAAGGUCAUGCAAAUUUCUUCAAGGCCGGCAUUGGACUCGGUCGUCACCUGGUGUGCUCAGUGAAGACUUCUACCAUGUCGACAACCAUCAAAGUUUUCGAACCGAUGGAUCACUUGGCUAAAGGCAAAAAGAAGUCCGCUGUUAGUAAGAUGUUCCAAAGCGGCCAGGAGGCCCUUAAGCCGUUUAAGGAAUACUACAUUCCCGCAGAAUCGUCCUCGAUCCAUUUCCUUCGCUCAACUCUCUGUGUUGGUUGUUCUCGUGGUUUCGAGGUGGUUAGUCUUGAGACGACCGAGACGCAAUCGCUGCUGGACCAAGCCGAUACGUCACUUGACUUUGUUGCUCGAAGAGAAAACGUCAAGCCCAUUCACAUUGAGCGAUUGAACGGGGAAUUUCUUCUUAACUAUAGUGAUUUCUCUUUCUUUGUCAACCGUAACGGUUGGCGGGCUCGUCCAGAUUGGAAGAUCUGCUGGGAAGGUAACCCCAAUGCAUUUGCCCUCUCGUACCCAUACAUACUUGCCUUUGAGCCGAACUUCGUGGAGAUUCGGCACAUUGAAACGAGCGAGUUGAUUCACGUCAUGACCGGGAAAAAUAUUCGAAUGCUUCAUUCGUCGACGAGAGAGGUAUGCCCUACAUCUGCAGACUGUCUGACUUUGUUGCUUGGACCGAACUAACGUCGACCCGUUUAGAUAUUAUAUGCAUAUGAGGACGAGGCAGGUGGCGACGUGGUAGCCAGUUUGGAUUUCUGGAACAAACCGCAGAACUAGGAGCGCGAAUGUGAUUUGACAGCAGUGGAUGUUAUGAAUAAAUAGCCAUGAUCUAUUAUCGUUAUUACUCUUCUUGUCACCCCUUGCCGUUUCUCGAUUUUCACCUGGAUAUCUUUUUAGACUACGCAGCCCCCGUUCCUUUUCUCUUUUUGUCUUCGUCGGGGGUUGAGUGUGGCAUGCUUUUGCUUUUCUCAUUCCGUUCUGUUUGAAGAAAUUAUCU